AUGGCCCUCCUCUUCAUCAAACAGAAGCUGUUCCCUAUACAGCAAUCCAACACGUCUUCCAACAAGCCCCUCCUCGCUCGUGGAGAUGACGACGAGACCCUCCGCGACAGCGACUCCGACCAGGACCUCGAGUCCCAGCGUUCGUACGAUACCUUCGGACGAUGCGUGAGCAAUGAUGAUUCCACCGCUUCCGCAAGCAGCACACGGUCCCGCAUCAACCCUCGCAUCGUCUCAGAUGCCAUCCUCGGUCUUUCGGAUGGAUUGACUGUUCCUUUCGCCCUCAGCGCGGGUCUUUCUGCCCUGGGAAACACCAAGGUUGUUGUACUAGGUGGUCUGGCGGAGCUUGCUGCAGGUGCAAUCUCUAUGGGACUUGGAGGCUACGUUGGAGCUAAGAGUGAAGCAGAAUCAUAUGAUGCCACAGUUCGUGAGACACAGGCGUUAAUUAAGAGCGACCCGCUCGAGACACAGUCCAUGGUACGCCAGACGUUUGCUCCAUACGGACUCUCGCCCACUGCCAUUGAAGAUAUCACACGCGACUUGCAUGCUUCGCAAGACCGAUUGCUCGAGUUCUUGUUGGCCUUCCACCACCGCGAGUCUGCGCCUGAUUGCAACCAGGCCUGGAUCUCUGCCAUCACCCUGGCUCUGGGAUAUUUCGUCGGUGGAUUCAUUCCUCUAAUUCCCUACUUCAUCCUGACUCAAGUCAUCACCGCGUUAUAUUGGAGUAUCGGCGUCAUGGGUAUCACCCUAUUUGCCUUUGGAUACACUAAGACUGCCGUUGUCCGUGGAUGGUGCGGACGUGACAAUGUCAUGGCAGGCACCUGGGGAGGUGUACAAAUGUGCCUUGUUGGCGGUAUUGCGGCCGGCGCAGCGAUUGGAUUGGUGCAGCUGAUUGACACCAAUGGUGCUCAAUAA